AGAUGUAUCAGGAAAUGAAAACUGAGCCAACCUUUAUUCAUCGUAUGAUCUAAAACCCAAGUGUUUUCAGUCUAUGACAAGAACGAUCCAGUUGGCCUAGCUGGUCCAACAGUGCUUUUGCCACUGAUUGUAUAACCACAGGCUCCUGAUUAUGGUCUUAAAAAAAUCUGUUUUGCACAUUUGAGUGUUUUCUCUGUACUAACAUGUUCACUUCAGCUCAGGAAGACUGGUUAGUGAGCUAAUUGUUAGAAUCAGAUUUAGAAACUGCUGAAAGUAAAGGCCAAAUGAAGAGCCUUGUUUUUUGAACGCGAUAAAUUUGGAGCUGCUCACGUAGCGCAGAAGGCGCGCCCAUCAACUGAGGAUGAUAACGAGAGCACGGGGGAUUUACUCUACCGGCAAAUGGCAGAACACAGCGCGGACCAUAUCCCCGAGGAAGAGCCGAGCUCGACUCCAAAUGGUACCGAUUGGAUGGAGAGGGAUUCUGGAGGAAGAACGGCUGAGCACAGAUCCCCGAGCACAAGCAGUCACGGUGCCGAGAGCGCAGAAUCCGCAUGCGCUGGCAACAGCGCUCUACCGCGCGAGCUCCGAAAACCGCACAGCAACCGGCCGAGAUCCAGAGAGCACAAGCGACUCAACGCUCAGAGACUCGUAUUGCAAUACAUCGCACCUUGUAUGAACUCUUACGGUUUGUGCAUCGUAGACAACUUUCUGGGAGACAAACUUGGAGACCGAAUCUUGCAGGAGGUGAGGCGCGUGCAUGAGGAUGGGCGCAUGCAGGACGGACAGCUCGCGUGCCAAACACUGGGCCAAACUAAAGCUAUUCGCGGGGAUAAAAUCGCCUGGGUCGAAGGCACUGAAACGGGCUGCCACAAUAUCGGCGUUCUGCUGUCAAGGAUAGAUAAGCUUAUCACUUUCGCCGACGGCAGACUUGGGAGCUACAAAAUCAGAGGGAGACACAAGGCAAUGGUAGCUUGCUAUCCAGGCAGUGGUGCGGGUUAUGUAAAACACGUGGACAAUCCUAAUGCAGAUGGCCGUUGUGUCACCUGCAUCUACUACCUGAACAAAAACUGGAAUGCCAAGGAGCAUGGAGGAGUGCUGCGAAUUUUUCCUGAGGGAAAAUCAUACGUUGCCGACAUCGAACCUCUGUUUGAUCGACUCCUGCUAUUCUGGUCAGACCGUAGAAACCCUCAUGAAGUACAGCCAUCAUUUGCUACCAGGUAUGCAAUCACUGUGUGGUACUUUGAUUCAGAGGAAAGGGCUGAAGCAAAAAGACGAUUCAGGGACUCAACAGCCUCUUCACAAAGCAGCACCACAUCUUAGCAGAGGAACCUGUGAAAAACUUAUCUUCAUGGAGAUGUGUGUGUGUGUGUGAGCAUGUGUGCUUGUUGUUGUUUUAGCCCUUUUGCACUUAAGGUACUGGUGCUUCCUCCUCAACCAUGCCUUUUUUAGCUGCGAUUUAUGGAAACCCAGACUCCUCCUAUCUCUAUCUUACAGUUAUGAUUUCUUUAAAACAUGUUUCUUUACAAACCAGCAGUGAAUUCUUAUCAUGUCUGUGUAACAAAAACAGCAAAGUUAUUCAAUAGUUUCCAGUGGGUGUGGAUGAUGGAUGAAGUGAAAGAAGUUUUUAAUAUUCUUUUGAUAAAUUUUUGUCUGUUUUUAAAAGGUAUCUAGUGCGUCUCUAUUUUGCUAUGUGAGAGAAGCUGUUUUGAUAUUUCCGCCCAUUACAAUUGUAACCUUAAUGCAAAAGGUUAAAACCAUAGCGAGACUGUCACCAGAUGAUUUGCAUGGCCUUUGUGGCCCUAACUACUUACACAGAGGUGAGAUUUAUUUUUCACAGCAAAUACUAAUAGUUUUGCAGUGAAAUGUUUAUAAUAUAGGAUUCUAAUGUGCUUAGCUUUAACAUGUGAUGUGUGUGUGUGUGUGUGUGUGUGUGUGUGUGUGUGUGUGUGUGUGUGUGUGUGUUUAUCAGAAUGUACUUGUUCUAUUGGUUUGCAUUGUAUUGCAGUAUAACAUGACUGUUUAAAGCAGUGUUAAACUGCCUGAAUAUUUGGAAGGUAAACCCUUCAGAGGCUCCCAUAAAGUUUUAUACAUAGUUAUAUAUAAACUAAGUGAACCUUUUUAAUUGUAAUGCAAAACCUUUACAUAAGAGAACUAUGUGGUGUCCCUGAUACUAGCAAGUCACAUUGGUGUAUAGGACAGCACUGGUAGUCAUUGUCAACUGGAAAUGUUUAAAAGUCGGUCAUUGUUAAUGAGCAGCUGUGCUGUUUUGAACUAAAUGGGCGUACGUAUAUAUAAUGUUGAGGAUGAAUGAUUGUGUUAAUGUAAAAUGGUGUGAAAUUAUAUUUGACUUUAACACUUUGAAAAGACUGGCUACAUGUAGAUUUUCUCUGUGGCGCAUCCUGUAAAUAAACAAGUGAAUAAAUUAA